GCAAGUAGUUGAGUGUGACCGGUGCAUCAGUGCAGGUCACAGGAGAUGAAGCUGGAGAGGACCAACCUGGAGGCUUUGCAGAAGAAGCUGGAGGAGCUGGAGCUCGAUGAGCAGCAGCGGAAGCGCCUUGAGGCCUUUCUUACCCAGAAGCAGAAGGUGGGGGAACUGAAGGAUGAUGACUUUGAGAAGAUCAGUGAGCUGGGUGCUGGCAAUGGUGGUGUGGUGUUCAAGGUCUCCCACCAGCCGUCCGGCCUGGUUAUGGCCAGAAAGCUAUUUCACCUGGAGAUCAAACCUGCGAUCCGGAACCAGAUAAUAAGGGAGCUGCAGGUUCUACAUGAGUGUAACUCCCCAUACAUUGUGGGCUUCUAUGGUGCAUUCUACAGCGAUGGAGAGAUCAGCAUCUGCAUGGAGCAUAUGGAUGGGGGUUCCUUGGAUCAAGUCCUGAAGAAAGCUGGAAGAAUUCCUGAACAAAUUUUAGGAAAAGUUAGCAUUGCUGUAAUAAAAGGCCUGACAUAUCUGAGGGAGAAACACAAGAUUAUGCAUAGAGAUGUCAAGCCUUCUAACAUCCUAGUGAACUCCCGUGGGGAGAUCAAGCUCUGUGACUUUGGAGUCAGCGGGCAGCUCAUCGACUCCAUGGCCAACUCCUUCGUGGGCACAAGGUCCUACAUGUCGCCAGAGAGACUCCAGGGGACUCAUUACUCCGUGCAGUCGGACAUCUGGAGCAUGGGGCUCUCUCUGGUUGAGAUGGCGGUUGGGAGGUAUCCCAUCCCUCCUCCAGAUGCCAAGGAGCUGGAGCUGAUGUUUGGGUGCCAGGUGGAGGGAGAUGCGGCUGAGACACCACCCCGGCCAAGGACCCCUGGGAGGCCCCUUAGCUCUUAUGGAAUGGACAGCCGACCGCCCAUGGCAAUUUUUGAGUUAUUGGAUUACAUAGUCAACGAGCCUCCUCCAAAACUGCCCAGUGGAGUAUUCAGUCUGGAAUUUCAAGAUUUUGUGAAUAAAUGCUUAAUAAAAAACCCUGCAGAGAGAGCAGAUUUGAAGCAACUCAUGGUUCAUGCUUUUAUCAAGAGAUCUGAUGCUGAGGAAGUGGAUUUUGCAGGUUGGCUCUGCUCCACCAUCGGCCUUAACCAGCCCAGCACACCAACCCAUGCGGCUGGUGUCUAAGCAUUUAGGGAACAGCAAAGAGCGAGUCCCUGCCCAGUGGCAUGUCAUGUUGCUCUCGGGCCUUUCCCGUGCCUCUGUUCAGAUUGCAUUUCACAUACGACAAAGGAUGAACUCAGCAUGUGCCAAAAUUCUAUUUGUGUCAUUUUUAAUAUUACCAUCCCUAUUCUGUUAUUAUUCCCUGAGUGGAUUGGCUUUGUGCUUGGGGCUAUUUUGUGUGUGUCAAUGUUCAAAACAUGUGCAACGUUGAAUUACAGUGAAACCUUGGCGACUGUGAGUAGUCUUUCUUACUGAAUAUUGCACUGCUCUCCCCUCACCAUGAUUGGCUGGCCACCUGUAUUUUGGGGGAUUCUUUUCAUACUUGGUGGUACUUCAUUCUUGCUGGGCGUACCUUCUUUCUACUUGAGGAAGGAGCCUUGUGAGAGCCUUCACAGGCAGUGCAUGUGAAGCAUGCUUUGCUGCUAUGAAAAUAAGCAUCAGAACGUGUAUGUCAUGGUAUUUUAUUAUGUUUUUGCUUUUGGUAUAGAAUUCAGCAAUUUCCAUCAAAAUCUAGUCAGAGCCCUUCACUGCCAUGAUAAUUGGGGCUUCACCAGUCUGUCUAUUCUGAUGAUUUAUAGACUUCUGGUUAUAUUUCUAUAUUUAUUUUUAAAUAUACUAUGUGGAUACUUAGUGGUAUCAGUCUCUUUAAGUUUGGAUUAGUGUUUCUAAAAUGGAGUUACUUUGAAUGUUACAAGUGUAUCAAGGCAUUAAAAUGUAUGCGAUUUACCUUUCCCCAAAUUCAAGUAAUGAUGCUAUUGUAAACAAGUGUGUAUAGUGCCUAAAAAUUGUACGAAAAUCCUUUUAACCAUUUUAAUGCAAAUGUUUAACAAAUCUAAUCUCUUACUCUAAUAAAUAUACUAUCAAGUUAAAAGGCUGAAA